AAUCAAGCCUCGCUUGACGGUUGGCCGUAAAUCAGGACGCAGUGUAGUUUUUUGCGACUCCGGUCCCACAUUAUUACAACGUUAGGAACUGUUUCGGUAAAGGAGGGUUUUUAAGUUUGAAUGGCAACGCCGAGAGGACUUUUAACUGCUCGCGUUCUUUUGUAUAUUUGCGAUUGUAAAGUGUGUAAGCGAUAGAUGAUUAUGAGCCGUUUGGUGAAGAAUUCUAGCAAAUGUGUCAAUGAUGUCAACAGACAGGGACAUGCCCAAAGCUAACUAGCUAGCCUUUGCUAGCCUUAUUGUUACGCGUUGGACAGGUAAGCUGCCUUUAGCUUAACGCAAUAUAUCCACUGGGAUUUUAAGAAAGUAACUACAGCCUGUCGCCGUUGGCACCGAAAGCUCGACACAUGAAAAUAUGUCAGCGCAAAAAGAUUGCGAGUUUUUGGUGAGACGAGCCCGCGAGCUGGUCUCUGAUGAUCCCUGUGCGGCUAAAGCCUGGCUCAUCACAGCCAGGACCCUGUACCCUGCAGACUUCAACAUACAGUAUGAAAUGUACAUCAUUGAACGCAAUGCAGAGAGGACAGCACCAGCUGGGAGACUCCUGUACGACAUGUUUAUAAACUUUCCAGAUCAACCCACAGUCUGGCGGGAGAUCAGUGUCAUCACAGCUGCCCUGCGUGGCGACUCUCAGGACAAGCAUGCACAGUUUCUACGAGGACUUUUUGAGACACUUCCUGGCCGCGUGCAGUGUGAAAUGCUACUCAAAGCCACAGAGCAGUGUUUCAACACUCUGGAGAAGGCGGAGAUGCUGCUGCUCCUUCUGAAGCGCUUCCCGGAGUCUGUGGUCCAACAUGGGGUCAAUUUAGGAGAGACGUUGUUGGAGGCGGAGGUGUCAGAGAAUGUAGAGACUCCUGUCAACUGCUUCAGAAAACUCUUUGUGUGUGACGUCCUUCCUUUGGUCAUCAACAAUAUGGACAUGCGCUUGCCGGCAAGCCUGAUGCAGAAGUACAUGCUGAAAGCAGCUGAAUUCUAUAUUGGUUAUGUUACCCGUGGACCCUCACCUGAUGUACAGAUACAGGGCUCUCAAGAAGCCGGCUCGCUGAAGUCACCCAGUGUGUCUCGUGGUUCCCAGCGUUAUGUGAUUGAUGGCCUGUCAGAAAAGUCUUCAGUGGUAGCAGAGCCCUGGGAGAGGCUGUUGGAUAUCCUCGCUGUGGUUGGAGCUCGCUGCGAGUGGCAGGGAGACAAGGGACAGAGGAGUUAUGUGGACAUGUUGGUGAGGGUGAAGGAGUUGUGUCGCUACUUGCCUGGUCUGGAAGGAGACACAAGGUCCCGCUGCUGCAGUCAAGUGGUCAUCUGUGCUGCGCUCGUCCUGUUCCGCAGCGUCUUUCUCUAUGUCUCAGCUGUACAGCCUGCACUGUUCCAGGGUGUCAAUGCGUUGAAUUUGGGGCCAUGGAUCCUUGUGGAGGAUUUGAGCUUGGUGUAUAAUGAUGUGGACUUGGAGAGGGGAGCAGUGAAACAUGCACAUAAGAAACGCAAACUGGCUGAUGGGAGAGAGAAGACGAUGAGCUCAGAUGAUGAGGAGGGGUUGGGGAAAGGCCGCAGUCGACACAUUUCAGUGAACAAGACUGAGAUGCCCAACUGGUCAGAGACUCUGGAGAGCUUCCGCACAGCGAGGGAGAGCUGGGAUCUGCUUCACUCCCACGACGGCCUGGAAACUGAGUUCAAGAAGAUCUGUGCAUCUUGGAAGACAGACAGUUGGCUGUGGUUCAGAAUAUUCCUCAGUGACAUGAUCAUGUACCAGGGGCAGUACCGUAAGGCCCUCUCCAGCCUGCACCAGAUGGCUGCGGUGCUGCAGCCUCAGCCUGGGCAGCAAAGCCCCUCAGGCCAGGCCAGUCUGGAGCACCACAGGGCCCUCAUACAGCAGGCCUCCUGCCACUACGCACUGGGGGAGUACAGGGUAAACACACACACACACACACACACACACACACACACACACACCCACACACACACCGUCUCUCUCUCUUCCUCCAAAUUCCAGCUCUCUGAAGGCGUGGACUCCUCACCUCCACACUCCCCCCUCCUCUCCGACCCCUCCGCCUGUCUCCCCUCUGUGUGGCAUCUCUCCCCCCUGCUCGUCGCCUCUGCUGCACCACACUCCAGUCAGUCGCUCUGUGAGCUCUUAUCUCUGGUUUCUUAAAGUUCAUCCAAUAUUACACUCAGUGCUACAAUCAAAAGCCCAACCACAUCUCACCACCUUUGAAACAAAUGUCAGACUUAAGACCCCGCCCCUUGCCCGUCAGUCCUCCAGCUCUUCUGGCUGUGUCCGAGAAGCGUCAAUCAGCAGCUUAUCUUUGCCUAUGCAGUGCAUUUAUUUUAAUUUUGUGAAGACAUUUGUAGGAGAGAGUCAAGCCAUUCAGGGAGGUUCUUGUGGACCUGGUCCUGAUUUUUACACACUUUGGUCUUGCUUUAUAAACGGGGGUUAAGCUCAGUCCUAGACGUUUAAACUGGUACCUGUCCAACAUCCCUACCCUCUCUAAAGUGAGUUGUAAAUUAAAAUUUGGGACCCACUUCUGAAUUUUAUGAAUUGUACCAUCAUUGAAAGUUUUGAGGGCACCAGUGUAUAAAAUCUUCACUUGAAAUUUGGACAUUCAAAUGAAAUCAUGGUAAAUAUGAAGCUACUCAGACACAUAAUAGGAAAACAUUCCAUUAAGCGGUACUGAGGUGUAGACAUAGUCAUUUCCAUGCCACGAUUUUCCGGACUUCACUGUCCGAUGAACCCAAAGCUCCCACAGGGAAACCCAGUUUCCACCUCCACACCUGCUCUCCUCAUGGCUUACUUCACCUGUCCGUUUCUCCAAAUUUCUUUUUUAAAAAGGAAUUAUUUGGUUUUGGUCUCCCACAGGAAUACAUUUGGAUUCUUGUUUUUAAACUGAGAAAAAACUAAUGUAAUGUUCAGCAGUACCACAACCCGUCACAAGUCUGGAUGGAAAUGUUCCAAAUGAGUUUGAAAAAUAGUGCAUCAUCUAAACUACAGCAACAGAUAAAUAUGUCAAAAUGAUUCAUCUGUAAAUAAAGAUAUUAAAGUCUGUGUAAAUUAAA